AUGCCCUCCGUGCUGCUGGAGAGCUACACUGGUUCUAAUCAUUCUCAAGGCAUCGCGGUGGGCCGUCUCUAUCGGGACAUUGUUGGCCUGAGUAAGCGCACCAAGGCAAAGUACAGUCUGCUUAAACAGCGACUAGAGGGCCUGAUAUCGGACCUUGAACAGUGGCAUUCAAUAUUCGAUCCAUCCGGGUACCUCCUAACACGGCUUGUUAGCGGCAAAGUCGAUGAUUGUACUCAAGCAGACGAUUACCUAUCAAAUUACCGUGAACUGGCAGGUGGCUCCUCCCUGUGCCUCGCAACCGCUGCACAAACUGCGCAAACAGUACUACUGGACCACACAGCAAUUCAGGAUGCUGUAGAUCCAAAUAUCGUUCUCAGCCAAGUCAAAGAGAUUUCACAGCUUUUAUCCAUUUCGGACCCGUUUUCCCUCGGCUUCUUGAAAUGUCUGGGCGUAUUGCGGUCCAAUAAUAGGCAAUUCCAAUGCAAAAUUGCGAAUCAGCAAAUCACUCUCUCGAGCAAUCCUAUCGUUCCACACCGCCAACUGCGUGCACAAGAACAUCCGGCCCGAAACCAUAAUCCUGCUGCCAGAAAAUAUAGGAGAAAUGAGCCAACCCACCUGAUCGGUUUUGAGCAAUUACAGCCCUCAUCGGGCCACUCAGCCCGAUUCGCGGACGUGCACAACAUCUAUAGUCUAGGCGUCUGUUUGCUGGAAAUCGGCCUAUGGACGUUUUUUGUUGAGCUCGCUAGCGGCUCAGAUGAGGAGCCUUGCCCACGUGCAUUGCUGGACAUUUGCCUGGAGCUUGGCAUAAGGAAUAAACCACAGGCGGCGUUGAGGAUCAAAAGAGAAGCUGGUGGCUCACGCGAAAGUUAG